AUGUCUUUCCCGGUGAAAGUUCGUAGCGUACGUGGCAACAACGGAGGAGGAGGAGGGACGGGGACUAAGUGUGGGAGGUGGAACCCGACGGUGGAGCAGUUGAAGGUAUUAACGGACUUGUUCAGAGCCGGUCUUAGAACUCCGACCACUGACCAAAUUCAGAAGAUCUCUACUGAACUCAGUUUCUACGGCAAGAUCGAGAGUAAGAACGUUUUCUAUUGGUUCCAAAACCAUAAGGCUAGAGAGAGGCAAAAACGCCGUAAAAUCUCUAUUGAUUUUGAUCAUCAUCAAGAAAAUGAUUAUAUCACUCAUUACCAUCGUCAACCAUCAACUAGAGAUGUUUUUGAAAUAAACGAAGAGGAGGAAGAGAGGGUAAUAGAGACACUACAACUCUUUCCGGUUAAUUCAUAUCAAGACUGCAAACCGGACAAAAUUAGAAGCAGAGGUCAUAACCAGUACCGUGAGUACAUACGAGAGACCAACACGACGACGUUUCCUUCGUAUUCAUCAUGUGGGGCUGAGAUGGAACAUCCAUCGCCCUUGGAACUUCGAUUAAGCUUUCUUUAAACUAGCUAGUGUCCACCUAAAUAAAGUCUUGGAAGUCCAAUAAAAUUAAAAGAAAGACAUGUUAGGAGAUCUUAUGUAUUUUGAUUAUUAUGACCAGAAUAUCCAAUGUAUCAAUUAUGACAACAAGUCGAAGCUGGAGUUACUUACUUUCUGUUAGUUUAACAAUAUAUUGUAAGAACUAUUAUCAUGGAAGUUUUUACAGAAGUUUGAC